CGAAAAGCUUGUGUUUCCGGGGGAAAGAGCGUCGUGGGAGCUUCCUGAAGGGAAAUGGAGCGGGAGUGAAGCCGCCGCGGGAUCUCCGGCGCCCCCUUCCCUUCCCCCUCCCCAUUUCCCCGCCGAGGAGAACCGGAGGCGGCCGAGAAGUUCCGUGCCCGGUCCCCAAGGCUUGCCAAGCGGUUGAUGCGGAAGAUCAAGAGGGUCCGGCUGGAAAACGAAAGCCCAGGAAGUUGGAGAAGUCCCUUGAGCGGUUCAGGCGCCCGGCCCGGGAUGACGGCGGUGGAGGCGCUCCCGGAAGGCACUGAGGCGGUGGAGAUGGAGGACCCAGCGGCCAGCCGCUUCCAGGUGGAGAAGCAUUCCUGGGAAGGGCUGCGGGACAUCAUCCACGGCAGCCGCAAGUACACCGGGAUGAUCGUCAACAAGGCGCCCCACGACUUCCAGUUUGUCCGGAAAACCGAGGAGGCCAGCCCGCACUCCCACCGACUCUAUUACCUCGGAAUGCCAUAUGGCAGUAGAGAGAACUCCCUCCUCUACUCCGAGAUCCCCAAAAAGGUACGGAAGGAAGCCCUGCUCUUGUUGUCGUGGAAGCAGAUGCUGGACCACUUCCAGGCUCCCGCUGCCCCCCGCCAGGCCACCCCCCACCACGGGAUGUACUCCAGGGAGGAGGAGCUGCUGCGGGAGCGGAAGCGGCUGGGCGUCUUCGGCAUCACCUCCUACGACUUCCACAGCGAGAGCGGCCUCUUCCUCUUCCAGGCCAGCAACAGCCUCUUCCACUGCCGGGACGGAGGCAAGAACGGCUUCAUGGUCUCCCCCAUGAAGCCGCUGGAGAUCAAGACACAGUGCUCCGGCCCCCGGAUGGAUCCCAAGAUCUGCCCGGCGGACCCCUCAUUCUUUGCCUUCAUCAACAACAACGACCUUUGGGUGGCAAAUAUCGAGACCCGGGAGGAGCGGCGGAUGACGUUUUGCCAGAAAGGGUUGUCCAGCGUCCUCGACGACCCCAAAUCGGCUGGCGUGGCCACCUUUGUCAUCCAGGAAGAGUUUGACCGGUUUACAGGGUACUGGUGGUGUCCCACGGCUUCCCAAGAAGGCCCAGAGGGCUGGAAGACGUUACGGAUCCUGUACGAGGAGGUAGACGAGUCGGAGGUAGAAGUCAUUCACGUUCCUUCCCCGGCUUUGGAAGAGCGCAAGACCGAUUCCUAUAGAUAUCCCAGAACAGGUAGCAAGAACCCCAAGAUCUCCCUCAAGAUGGCUGAGUUCCAAGCCGACAGCGAGGGGAAGAUCGUCUGCGCCCAGGACAAGGAGCUGGUGCACCCCUUUGAAACCAUGUUCCCAAACGUGGAGUACAUCGCUCGGGCCGGGUGGACGCGCGACGGACGAUACGCUUGGGCCAUGUUCCUGGACAGGCCCCAGCAGCACCUCCAGCUCAUCCUCUUCCCUCCCGCGCUCUUCAUCCCGGUCCCGGAGAGCGAGGAGCAGCGCCAGGAGUUGGCCAAAGCCGUGCCUGAAAGCGUCCACCCCUUCAUCAUCUACGAGGAAGUCACCAACGUCUGGAUCAACGUCCACGACAUCUUCUACCCUUUUGCCCAGACGGAAGGGGAGGAGGAGGAGGAGCUGCGCUUCAUCCGGGCCAACGAGUGCAAGACGGGAUUCUGCCACCUCUACCGGGUCACGGCCCUCCUGCAGCGGGGCAGCUAUGACUGGACCCAGACCUACGUCCCCAGUAAAGGAGACUUCAAAUGCCCUCUUAAGGAGGAAGUCGCUCUCACGAAUGGAGAAUGGGAAGUUCUCGCGCGACAUGGCUAUAAGAUUUGGGUGAACGAAGAAACCAAACUGGUCUACUUCCAGGGCACAAAGGACACUCCUCUGGAGCAUCAUCUCUAUGUGGUCAGCUACGAAUCGCCCAGCGAAGUGGUCCGGCUCACCACCUUGGGCUUCUCCCACAGCUGCUCCUUGAGCCAGAACUUCGACAUGUUUAUCAGCCAUUACAGCAGCGUGAGCACUCCUCCCUGCGUCCAUGUUUACAAGCUCAGCGGCUCCGACGAGGAUCCCCUCCACAAGCAGCCCAGGUUUUGGGCCAGCAUGAUGGAAGCCGCCAGCUGCCCCGCCGACUACAUCCCGCCGGAAAUCUUCCACUUCCGCACCCAGUCGGACGUCGAGCUGUACGGGAUGGUGUACAAACCUCACGACCUCCAGCCGGGGAAGAAGCACCCCACCGUCCUCUUCGUGUACGGAGGGCCUCAGGUCCAGUUAGUAAACAACUCCUUCAAAGGCAUCAAGUACCUACGGCUCAAUACUCUGGCUUCCCUCGGCUAUGCUGUCGUGGUGAUUGACGGCCGGGGCUCCUGCCAGCGAGGCCUUAAGUUCGAAGGGGCCCUCAAGAACCAGAUGGGUCAAGUGGAGAUCGAAGACCAGGUGGAAGGUUUACAUUACGUGGCGGAGAAAUACGGGUUCGUGGACCUGGCCCGCGUUGCCAUCCACGGCUGGUCCUACGGAGGCUUCCUCUCCCUCAUGGGCCUCAUCUGCAAACCUCAUGUCUUCAAGGUGGCCAUCGCCGGGGCCCCCGUCACCGUCUGGAUGGCCUACGACACGGGAUACACGGAGCGGUACAUGGAUGUCCCCGAGAACAACCAGCAAGGCUACGAAGCGGGGUCGGUGGCGCUGCAUGUCGAGAAACUCCCCAACGAGCCCAACCGCUUGCUGAUCCUCCAUGGGUUUCUGGAUGAAAACGUGCACUUUUUCCACACCAAUUUCCUGAUCUCCCAGCUCAUCCGGGCUGGGAAGCCCUAUCAGCUACAGAUCUACCCCAACGAGCGACACAGUAUUCGCUGCCCGGAGUCAGGGGAGCACUACGAAAUCACGCUGCUGCACUUUCUUCAAGAAUACCUCUGAGGGGGCAGAGAGACCCCAACCCUAUGACAAGCCCCCCCCUGCCCGUCCCCCAAUUCCCCCUUUCCUUUCAAGUCUCGUCUCCGACCCUCGGCUGCGUCUUACCCAUUUCUCUCUCUCUGUGUUUUCCUCUCCCUUUCUCUCUGUGUUUUCCUCUCCUCCUCCGGUGCUGGGCACAACGUCCCGAGCGAACGAGGGGAGCCGAGACUGUGCCACCCCCUUUUCCUUCCUUCCGUGCCUGCCGCCGACCCCUUUCCCUGACCCCUUCCUUCCUUCCUUCCCUCCCUCCAUUGAACGAUGUUGCUGCUACUCCGGAAUAAAAGGCAGGCUCUCCCCUUCCUUCCUUCUGUGUGCGUCUCCCCUCGCUGUCCUCGUGGAGAUAAGUACGGGGAGCGGUCGGUGGCAUCGACAAAAGAGAGCGGAUGGAGAUAUGUUAUGAAUCUCUUCCGAGAUCCGAUUCCCGUUUCCGGAAGGCGCUCAGGCUUGUUUGGAUGGUCUCUUCCGAAGUCCGAUUCUGGUUUACGGAAAGCGGCAUCGAUGAGAGAGAGCGGACGGAGAUACGUUACGAAUCUCUUCCGAGAUCCGAUUCCCGUUUCCGGAAGGCGCUCGGGAUUGUUUGGAUGGUCUCUUCCGAAGUCCGUUUCCCGUUUACUUAAAGUGGCAUCGAUGAGAGAGAGCGGACGGAGAUAUGUUACGAAUCUCUUCUGAGAUCCAAUUCCCGUUUCCGGAAGGCGCUCGGGCAUGUUUGGAUGGUCUCUUCCGAAGUCCGUUUCCCGUUUACGGAAAGUGGCAUCGAUGAGAGAGCGUGGAUGGAGAUACGUUACGAAUCUCUUCCGAGAUCCGAUUCCCUUCUCCGGAAGGCUCUCGGGCUUGUUUGGAUGGUCUCUUCCGAAGUCCGAUUCUGGUUUACGGAAAGCGGCAUCGAUGAGAGAGAGCGGACGGAGAUACGUUACGAAUCUCUUCUAAGAUCCGAUUCCCGUUUCCGGAAGGCUCUCAGGCUUGUUUGGAUGGUCUCUUCCGAAGUCCGUUUCCCGUUUACGGAAAGUGGCAUCGAUGAGAGAGAGCGGACAGAGAUAUGUUACGAAUCUUUUCCGAGAUCCAAUUCCCGUUUCCGGUAGGCUCUCGGGCUUGUUUAGAUGGUCUCUUCGGAAGUCCGAUUCCCAUUUACGGAAGGUGGCAUCAAUGAGAGAGAGCGGACGGAGAUAUGUUACGAAUCUCUUCCGAGAUCCGAUUCCCGUUUCCGGAAGGCUCUCAGGCUUGUUUGGAUGGUCUCUUCCGAAGUCCGAUUCCCAUUUACGGAAGGUGGCAUCGAUGAGAGAGAGCGGACGGAGAUAUGUUACGAAUCUCUUCCGAGAUCCGAUUCCUGUUUCCGAUAAGAGAGAGUGGACGGAGACUUGUCGCAGAUUUUCUUCCGAGUUCCGAAUCCCAUUUACGGAAGGUGGCAUUGAAAAGAAAGAGCAAACUGAGACUCAUCACGGAUCUCUUCCAAGGUCCGAUUCCCGUUUACGGAAGGUGGCAUUGAAAAGAAAGAGCGGACAGAGAUACAAUAUGAAUCUCUUCUGAGAUCCAAUUCCUGUUUCCGGAAAGUGGCAUCGAUAAGAGAGAGCGGACGGAGAUACAUUACGAAUCUCUUCCAAGGUCCGGUUCCCGUUUCCGGAAAAGACAUCGAUAAGCAAGAGCAGACGGAGGUGUGUCGCGGAUCUCUUCCGAGGUGAGAUUCCCAUUGAUGGAAAGUGUCAUCGAUAAGAAAAAGCUGAUGGAGAUACGUUACGAAUCUCUUCCAAGAUCCGAUUCCCAUUUCCGGAAAGUGGAAUUGAUAAGAGAGAGCGGACGGAGACGCGUCGCGGAUCUCUUCCGAAGUCCGAUUCCCGUUUACGGAAGUUGCCAUUGACAAGAAAGAGCGGACAGAGAUACGUUACAAAUCUCUUCUAAGAUCCGAUUCCUGUUUCCAAUAAGAGAGAGCAGACGGAGAGGCGUUGUGAAUCUCUUCCGAAGUCCAAUUCCCAUUUAUGGAAGGUGCCAUCGAUAAGAGAGCGGACGGAGAUACGUUACAAAUCUCUUCUGAGAUCCGAUUCCCGUUUCCGGAAGGCACUCGGGCUUGUUUGGAUGGUCGCUGCGAGAUGUGUCCUUUGCCGGAGCCCCGAACCACCCGUCUCCAUCUCCGCGGCUUUUCCAGUCCUCUGCAGGUCAGCGACUGUGUCCCCAUUUCACCCCUCUUUUCUCCCCCGCCCCUCCCCCCCCUCCGAAUUGGCCUUGUUUUGAAUUGGCUCACAUUGGGGGCUUUUUCGGUGGUGGGAUGUCACCGCGAAAACACUCCCCCGAAUGUGACUAAACAAACAUCCAAGAGACGUUUUUCCACCCCGACAUCUACAUUUUGACAAUACCCUUCCAUUUUGAUCUCUUGAGGAGCCUCACAAGCCACAAAGCUCUUCUUGAUGACCUCUGAGGGUCCCCAAAGGCCAUAAAACCUUUCAUUUCUGACCUCAGAGUCCCCGCAGGCCACAAAACCCUUAUUUUGGACCAUUGGGGUCCUCAAGGGCCGGAAGAUCUAGAAUUUCUGAUCUCUGAGGGUCCCCAAGGGCUACAAAACCCUUCUUGUAGACCUUUGGGGUUCCUCGCGGAUCAGAAAAACUUACUUUUGGACCUUUGAGGUUCCUCAAGGUUCAGCAAACCUUACUUUUAGACCUUUGAGGUUCCUCAAAAAUCAGAAAACCUUACUUUCGGAUCUUUGGGGUUCUUCAAGGGCCGUAAAACCUUACUUUUGGACCUUUGUGGUUCCUCAAGGAUCAGAAAACCUUACUUUUGGACCUUUGGGGUUCCUCAAGGUACAGAAAACCUUACUUUUCGAUCUUUGUGGUUCCUCAAAAAUCAGAAAACCUUACUUUUCAAUCUUUGGGGCUCCUGAAGGGCCAUAAAACCUUACUUUUGGACCUUUGGGAUUCCUCAAGGAUCAGAAAACCUUACUUUUGGAACUUUGGGGUUCCUCAAGGAUCAGAAAACCUUACUUUUAGACAUUUGUGGUUCUUCAUGGAUCAGAAAACCUUACUUUUGGACCUUUGGGGUUCUUCAAGGAUCAAAAAACCUUACUUUUGGACCUUUGGGGUUCCUCAAGGAUCAAAAAAACCUUACUUUUGGAUCUUUGGGGUUCCUCAAGGAUCAAAAAACCUUACUUUUGGACCUUUGGGGUUCCUCAAGGAUCAGAAAACCUUACUUUUGGAUCCUUAGGGUUUCUCAAGGGCUAGAAAAUCUUACUGUUGGACCUUUGUGGUUCCUCAAGGAUCAGAAAACCUUUUGGAUCUUUGGAGUUCCUCAAGGAUCAGAAAACCUUACUUUUGGACCUUUGGGGUUCCUCAAGGAUCAGAAAACCUUACUUUUGGACCUUUGGGGUUCCUCAAGGAUCAGAACACCUUACUUUUGGAUCUUUGUGGUUCCUCAAGGAUCAGAACACCUUACUUUUGGACCUUUGGGGUUCCUCAAGGGCUGGAAAACCUUACUUUUGAAGCUUUGGGGUUCCUCAAGGGCCAGAAAAUCUAGUAUUUCUGACCUUUGAAGGACCUCAGGGGCCACCAAACUCAUCUUUUGGACCUCCGAGGGAUUAGAAACGUCAAUUCGGAAGGAUUUUGGGGGGGAAAGGGCCACGUUUGCACCCGCGCUCCUUUUUCGUCCUCCCCGUCUUUUGGUCCCCUUUCUCCUCGGGGUUCGGGGCUCUGCCAUUUCAACCCAGAAGACGCUUCGGGAGGGAAGGAAGGAAGGACGGAAAGCCGGCCCACCGGACGACCGCGGCCCCCGUGAACCACAAAUGACUCCCCCCCUCUACCCCCCCCCCCCCGGUUAUACUUUUAAGUGCGUAUUAUGAAAAGAAAAUAUUUUUAUGGAUUCUUAUUCUUUUAUAAUUAUGAGUGGUAAGAUGUAGUGAUGCAUUAAAACUAUGGGAAACCA